UUGUGCUUGUGGUAACUAGUGACGACCGAACCACUGUAGGAGGAGCUUCCGGUUUGUCGGUUGAUGUAGCAGAAAUUAAAUCGUUGUUUGGAAACAUCAUGUACCAAGUAUUCAUCUAAAUCUUAUGGAUAUUGAAUAAUAAUAUGGCCGUAGCCAUGAGUUCAACCUGUCCGGGACAUUAUUGUGGCAAGAUGUUGAUAAAUGGCUCAUUUGAUGGAGAAUGUGGGUUGAAUUAUCAGGUAUGUCCCAGAGGAGAGAAGACAAACAUGCAGAAGAUCUGUGAGAAGUGUACAGAAUCCCCUGAACUUUAUGACUGGCUGUACCUGGGCUUCAUGGCAAUGCUGCCACUGGUUCUACACUGGUUCUUCAUCGAGUGGUACUCUGGGAAGAAAAGCUCCAGUGCCCUCUUCCAACACAUCACAGCCCUGUUUGAGUGCAGCGCUGCGGCUAUGGUGACUCUGCUGGUCAACGACCCAGUGGGUCUGCUGUCUAUCAGGUCCUGCAGAGUCCAGAUGCUUUCAGACUGGUACACCAUGCUGUACAACCCCAGCCCAGACUACAUCACCACUCUACACUGCACACAGGAAGCUGUCUUUCCCCUGUACACUAUAGUGUUGAUCUACUACGCCUUCUGCCUGAUGUUUAUGAUGCUGCUGCGGCCACUCCUGGUCAAGAAGAUUGCCUGUGGUCUGGGGAAAUCUGACCGCUUCAAGAGCAUCUACGCUGCUCUCUACUUCUUCCCCAUCCUGACAGUCCUGCAAGCUGUGGGAGGCGGCCUGCUCUAUUAUGCUUUUCCAUACAUUAUUUUGGUGUUGUCCCUGGUUACCCUGGCAGUGUACAUGUCAGCCUCAGAAAUACAGUCUUUCAAGAAUCUCGCUGCCAAGAAGAAGAGGUUGGUGGUGCUCUUCAGCCAUUGGCUACUUCACGCGUAUGGCAUCAUCUCCAUCUCCCGAUUGGAUAAACUGGAGCAGGACCUACCUCUAUUGGCCCUGGUACCUGGACCCGCCCUUUUCUACCUGCUCACUGCCAGGUUCACUGAACCUAGCCGGAUUCUGUCAGAAGGCGGCAACGGCCACUAGAACUAUUAUAGAUGGAUGUGGGUAUUAAAGUUAGACUCAGGGAAUUCAUGUUGCCACGAGCAGCCUUUACUGCCUUCUCUGAGUAUGGUAGGAUGACUGCUGCAUGCAGUGUUGAUAGUUGAUAUUCCUCUCACAGUGAAAAGAUUUUAGGAUAUUCCUAGAACUAAGCUGGGAAUACAAACAACGUGUACAUACUGUAUGUCUAUAAACUACAAAGCUCCAUAUAUAUUUCAAGUGUUAAUUAUUGAAUGGUAUCGUUUGUGUCCACAUGAAUGUUGUCUUUACAACCUAAGGCCUAAGAUGUACUGUUCCUCAUUGAGGCUGUUUUGAGACAUGUUUUAUCAUUAGAUAUUCACUCUGUGUCAUUAUUUUGGGCUCCUGAGUGGCUCAGCGAUCUACGUCACUGCAUCUCUGUACUAGAGGCAUCACUACAGACCCUGGUUCGAUCCUGGGCUGUAUCACAACCGGCCAUGAUUGAGAGUCCCAUAGGGCGGCGCACAAUUGGCCCAGCGUCGUUAGGGUUUGGCCGGGGUUAGGCCGUCAUUGUAAAUAAGAAUUUCUUCGAAACUGACUUGCCUAGUUAAAUUAAAAAAUCAUAUAUGCUUAACAUCCGUGAUUGUUUUAAGCUCAGAUAUCCUUGAUUGUUGCAGUGAAAUCAAAGAUGGUCUCUGGAUUGUCCAAUAGUUUAAGUUGUUAGAUGUUCUUAAACUAAAUCUAAUGUGCCAAAAACUCUGAACACAUGCAUACAUCCAGUGGCAGAUAAAAUAGUUUAUUAUAACCUAAUAUUAUGUUACAAGCCAAGUGGAAUAUAGUUCCAUUAUUUUGCUUGAUCAAAAAUGGAAUGAAAAUUAUCCUGCUGUUUCCCCGUAAAUUAUGUUGGGGAAAUACGCUUGCUGGAUAGUAAGGAAAUUAAAUUGUGAAUGUAUUUUAUGCAUGCUCAUAGAAUGCUUGUAAAUAGAUGACAAUGGAUGUGUUUAUUAGAAAUAUAUAUUUUUAUUGCAGUGUAAAACAUACAGAACGAGGACUUGACUAGCUACAACUUUGACUUGUAAAAUGUAUUGUUCAAAAAAACUUGUGAAAUGCAGUGUUAUAAAGUAUGAUUUUUCUGAAAUAAAAUCAGAAGUGUGUACUCAUCUA